CAAAAGCCACUUUAAUCAAUCAUCGCAUCUCCAAGCGCAUCGUCAUCAGCUCCCAUUUGCUAACUCGUAAAAAUGCCGCAAUAUAAACUGCAUUAUUUCAACUUCCGCGGAAUGGCCGAGUUAACCCGUUUGAUUUUCCACUACGCCGGAGUGGCGUUCGAGGAUGUCCGUUUCGAAAAGAGCGAAUGGCCCCAAUUGAAAGCAAGUAUGCCAUUUGGGCAGGUGCCCGUUCUCGAAGUAGACGGUAAGCCUUUAAGCCAGUCCUACGCUAUCGCCCGUUACGUUGCCCGGCAACACGGACUGGCCGGCAAAGACGAUUGGGAACAAGCACAGGUCGACAUGUACGCCGACUGCAUCAAAGACUUUAUGAUCCUCGGACGGCCAGUGUACGAAGAACACGAUCCCGAGAAGCAGAAAAUUCUGAUGAACAAAUUCAUGACGGACACGAUGAUCCCGCACAUGCUUGUCAUCGAAGCUCAGUUAGCGAAGAACGGAGGUGUUCUCGUCGGCAAGGAUGUCACUUGGGCCGAUAUAGCUUGCUAUGCGUUCUUCUCGUUCGUGAUCAGCAAGAAUCCCGAUGUGUUGAACGAUUGUCCCAACAUAACAGCGCUGCUCGCAAGAGUCUCGAGCCACGAGAACAUCAAAAAGUAUCUCGAAACUCGUCCAGUCACUGAAAUUUGAGUAUUCAAAUCAUUUCGAUCAAUAAUGGCACGUGAGACAAAGUAUAGGCCUAAACAAUUGAUUCGAUGUAAUUGCACCGUUUCCUUCAAACGAAUAA